AUGUCGUCACCUAUCCAUCACCUCGUUCUGCCACGCCCAGGCGCCAAAUCUCCACUAUCAAACUCGCCAAUCUCUGCUCCUGCUGAGGAAUCUUUCACGUCUGCUUUCGGCACCCUGCUCCCACCGGUCCGGUAUCUCACCACCAACAAUGCAAGAGCUGCGUACUACUCAAUACCUCCAUCCUCAUCUCCAGAAUCAGACACAAAAUCGCCAGAGCGUGUGCUAUUUAUCCACGGCGUGCAGACUCCCGCUUUAGGCAUGCUUCCGUUAGCUCGCAAGCUACAUGCAUCUAUUCCCUCGGCGCAUUUUGUAUUGAUUGAUUUAUGGGGCCAUGGACUGAGCGAUACCCCAGUUGCUUCUCAUGCGGCGGGCCUAUUCCAUGGGCUGAUUGACACGCUACUGGAUCAUCUGGAAUGGUCGUCUGCACACCUUGUAGGCUUUUCCUUUGGCGCAUCAUUGACAGUUGGCUAUGUCGCAUCACGGGCUUCGCGUGUCCAAAGCUAUGUGUUGGUUGCACCUGCAGGGCUUGUCAAGAGUUCUUCUUUCACACCGGCUGAACAAGAGCAUUUCCAACAUGACUGCGACGAGGAUGCCACGCGGCAAUGGGUCACGGCCUGGCUCGAGGGCGGAGAGCUAAUCGUCCCAUCGGAUUGGAAAGAAAGAGUUGCACGGGGAGAAGUAGUCGCCGAAGCUGUACGUGAAUGGCAAACCCGCAAUCACCCCGGGCAUACGGCAUCGGUGGUCGCUAUCGUCCGGGACGGCGGUGUGGUGGAUAAUCAUCAGAGUUUCGAGAAAGCGUUGGCAACUGAGGUACCCUCAACUGUGGUGUUGGGAGAGAAAGACGAUUUGUGUACAGAACAAGAGCUACGAGACUUUGGCUUCGAUAGUGUUUUCGUCGUUCCAAAUGCUGGACAUAGUGUAGUGCGGGACAGAGUACCGGAGGUCGCCGGGUUCAUUAUUGAGUUCUGGAGACGAUAA